CCGUCCGCCGCCACAAUGCAGGCCUCCUUCCUCCUCUCCCCUCCCCCUCCCCCUCCCAUCGCCGCCUUCAAAAUCCACUCACCCUCCUCCCUUCCCAUGAAAACCCCCUCUCCCCUCACCGUCCGCUCCUCCACCACCACCGAAACCGCCGUACCUCCGCCGCCGCCCGCCGCCGCGACAAAGCUGAACAAGUACAGCUCCAGAAUCACGGAGCCGAAGUCGCAGGGCGGCUCUCAGGCGGUCCUCUACGGCGUGGGCCUCUCCGACGACGACCUCAAAAAGCCCCAAAUUGGAAUCUCCUCCGUCUGGUACGAGGGGAACACCUGCAAUAUGCAUCUGCUGAAGCUCGCCGAGGCGGUGAAGGAGGGCGUGACGGAGGCCGGAAUGGUGGGGUUUAGGUUCAACACGAUUGGCGUCAGUGACGCUAUCUCGAUGGGGACGAGGGGGAUGUGCUACAGUUUGCAGUCUAGGGAUUUGAUUGCUGAUAGCAUAGAGACUGUUAUGUCUGCUCAGUGGUAUGAUGGCAACAUUUCCAUUCCCGGCUGUGACAAAAAUAUGCCUGGCACUAUUAUGGCUAUGGGACGGCUGAACCGCCCUAGCAUCAUGGUUUAUGGUGGUACGAUUAAGCCAGGUCAUUUUCAAGGUCACACGUACGACAUAGUAUCUGCCUUCCAGGUUUAUGGAGAGUAUGUGAGUGGUUCAAUAAGUGAUGAAGAAAGAGUGAAUGUACUUCGUAAUUCAUGUCCUGGAGCUGGGGCUUGUGGUGGUAUGUAUACUGCAAAUACAAUGGCUUCAGCGAUCGAGGCUAUGGGGAUGUCUCUUCCUUACAGUUCGUCAACCCCGGCUGAAGACACUUUAAAGUUGGAUGAAUGCCGCCUCGCAGGGAAAUAUUUGCUAGACUUGAUCAAAAUGGACUUGAAACCUCAGGAUAUCAUCACUGAAAGAUCAUUGCGUAAUGCAAUGGUGAUUGUCAUGGCACUUGGUGGAUCUACCAAUGCAGUUUUGCAUUUGAUUGCCAUAGCCAAGUCUGUUGGUGUGGAGUUAACUCUAAACGAUUUCCAGAAGGUCAGUGAUGCGGUUCCGUUCCUUGCAGAUCUUAAACCUAGUGGUAAAUAUGUGAUGGAGGAUGUUCACAAGAUUGGAGGUACACCUGCAAUCAUUCGCUUUUUGCUGGAACAAGGGUUUUUGGAUGGGGAUUGUAUUACAGUUACGGGCCAAACUUUGGCUGAGAAUGCAAAGCUAUAUCCUUCCCUGCCUGAAAAUCAGCAAAUAAUUAGACCCCUGUCGAACCCCAUCAAAGAAACGGGUCACUUACAGGUAUUAUAUGGCAAUCUUGCGCCUGAAGGCUCUGUGGCUAAGAUCACUGGGAAAGAGGGGUUGUACUUCUCUGGCCCUGCACUUGUAUUUGAAGGAGAGGAAUCUAUGAUUGCAGCUCUCGCUGAAAAUUCAUCUAGCUUCAAGGGAAAGGUAAUCAUUAUUCGAGGAGAAGGGCCCAAAGGUGGGCCAGGCAUGCCCGAAAUGCUAACCCCAACAAGUGCUAUAAUGGGUGCUGGACUUGGCAAGGAAGUUGCACUGCUGACAGAUGGGAGGUUUUCUGGAGGUUCACAUGGAUAUGUGGUGGGCCAUAUAUGUCCCGAGGCACAGGAAGGUGGUCCAAUUGGUCUGGUUGAGAACGGUGAUGUGAUCACCAUAGAUAUCGAGAAGAAGAGAAUGGAUGUAGACCUAACAGAGGCAGAGUUGAAUGAACGCAGAAAGAAGUGGACACCACCACCUUACAGAGCCACCAAGGGAGUUCUGUACAAGUAUAUCAAAAAUGUACAAUCGGCCUCAAAUGGAUGCGUGACUGAUGAGUAGAAAGGAGACCAAGGCAUAGCGAGCUCAUCGGGUAUCUUCCUUGCAGCUGCCUAGGAUAUCUGAAUCUGCUCUGUUACUUGAAAGUCUUUUCUUGAAUAAAACCUCCUGCCCCAGUUUUGGUUAGGUUUAGCCCUGUUAAUUUCUUCGAUUUCUAUCAUGUUGUAAGAUUCCAUGGUUGUUGUCUAGCCAACAGUGUGAAGGUGUAUAGUAGGGAGCAGAGCUCCAAUCUUGUUUAAUGUAUUGUGUUGGCCAUUGGUUUGAGAAAGAGGUUUUAGUGGACUGAGUAACUUAUCAUUAUUUUGAUGUUGGAUAAUCAUUUAUGGGGACAUUUUUGAUCCUUAGGAUUUA